CCACCCUCCACUCACCUCAAUACAACUUAACCCGCUGCCAGAUCUCUCCAUAGAACCAUGAUAAGAAGGCGAUAACUCUAGUAGGACAGAAUGCAUGGAAGUCAGACGCCCAGAAUCAACUUCCGUUCAAUCUCUUGUUCGAAUUCCACGAUCUUCCUAGACCGACUGUGUAAACCGAACAUGCGGAGAUCCACAAAUGCAAAAUGCACAUCGGGACAUCUAUAACUCGGACUUCAAGGAAAAGUUUUAGUUUACACCGAUUCUCUCAGCUGUUCUUAGGCUCUUAAGAGUGAGCUGACGACAAGAAGGGCAGCCACCACUCCUUUGUAGUUGUCUCCUCGAGUUCUCGGAAAGAAGAAACCUUUGACAUCUUGGUUGGAUAUUUAGAGGGUUCUGGACAGUGUAUAAAAGCCCAAUGUUGCCCAUCUCCCUUUCUUUUGUUUGAACACUACCAUCUCCUCUCAUCUCCCGUCAUUGUCAAGACAGCCUCACAUACAUGGCCUCAGUCAACGUCGCCUCCUUUCAGAGCGUGCUCUCCCGCACUGGCGAGCAGCCCGUCAACCACAUGAAGGAUGUUGUAAACCGCGACCGCGUCCGCGCUCAGAAGCUUCAGAGAGGCAUAACGCCUCACGGUCCUCUCGUUGUCCCUGACCUCAAGAAGAAACCGGUUCAACGCGUUGGAGCUGGCGGGCUACCCGGUGAAAAACCAGCCACUGAGAAACCAGACAAUAUGUCUGUGGACGUCACUGACAGCGCUAUCAUUUAUGUUAUACCUGUAGCCAUUGGGAACCCUGCUACAACGUUCAGCCUUUUGAUUGACACGGGAAGCUCCAAUACCUGGGUUGGCGCUCAUAAAGAAUAUACACCAACCUCAACAAGCCAGACACAAGGAAAGGAAGUUAAAUUGAUCUAUGGAUCAGGGUCUUUCGUUGGUACUGAGUAUACCGACACCGUCGCAUUAUCUCCAAACAUGGUCAUCAAGAAUCAAUCCAUCGGUGUGGCCAAAAGCACUCAAGGUUUUGGAGGCGAUAACGUUGAUGGUAUUCUGGGAAUUGGCCCAGCUCGGGGCACUCCUACUAUUACGGACAACAUGCUCAGUCAAGGAAUUAUCAAAACAGAGUCUAUCGGAAUCUUUUUUGCUCCAACUCCUGACAAGAGUCAGAACCUCGCUAACGGCGAGAUUACUUUUGGUGCUGUUGAUGAGAGCAAGAUCACUACGCCCGUGAAAUAUGUUCCUAUCACAAAGUCCUCUCCCGCCAACCGUUACUGGGGUAUCGAUCAGAGUAUCAAGUACGAUGGAAGCGAAAUCAUGAGCAAUUGUGCAGGCAUUGUCGACACCGGAACAACCCUCAUAAUGCUUCCGACUGACACCUUUGACAUGUACAAGAAAGCCACUGGUGCUGUCGUAGAUCGGGCCACUGGACUUCUCAGCGUAACCGCUACACAGUUCAAGAAGAUGAAGAACAUGGAGUUUCACAUCGGUGGGACCACAUACGAGCUUACACCUAAUGCUCAAAUCUGGCCACGUGCACUUAACAAUUUGCCCGGUGGCAGCCCCGACAAAAUCUACCUCGUACUUGCCGACAACGGUCCCUCCGGAACCGGAUCAGAUUUCGUUAACGGCUUUACUUUCUUGCAGAGAUUCUACAGCGUGUAUGAUAUCACCCACACCCAAGUUGGCUUUGCCGAGACGAAGUUUACUCGUGCCGAAACCAAUUAGGUCGAUUAUUCUUUUCUUCGCCAAAAGAUUUGAUGUUCAAACCUUCCUUGUACGAUGUCUAUAUGACUGUUAUGACUUCGCUGUCGAUACGAUAGUUGAACUGGCAAAACGAUACAGUAAACUAUCUCAUAAUGCACAAUGAAAGUGGCAACUAUUCAGAAUCAG